AUGGCCUUCUGGUCGGCUUUCUUGAAGAGAUCAGAUUCAAUAGCAGAUAGCAUGCCAAAUGCCUUGAAGCAGAGCCGUUUCCAUAUGAAGAAAUGCUUUGCCAGGUUUGUUGCAAGUGGGAAAAGGUUAAUUAAAAGGCAUCAUAUAAUGGAGGAUGUGGAGAAAACAGUUGAAGACAAAGUUGAGAGGAGCAAGCUCCUUGAGGGCUUGUUGGGUUAUAUUCUGAGUAGCACUCAGGAGGCAGCUGUUGUUCCACCUUAUGUUGCUUUGGCAGUGAGGCCUAAUCCUGGGUUCUGGGAAUUUGUUAAAGUGAAUGCAGAUGAUUUGCAAGUAGAAGGUAUUGAGGUCUCAGAAUACUUGAAGUAUAAGGAAAUGGUAUUUGAUGAAGAGUGGGCAAGUGAUGAAAACGCUUUGGAGAUAGAUUUUGGGGCUAUUGAUUUCUCAACCCCUCGCAUGGCUCUUUCUUCUACUAUUGGAAAUGGACUAAACUUUACUACCAAGAUCAUGACCUCAAGGUUGAGUGAGAGCUCCCAUUUUACAAAUCCAUUGCUCGAUUACUUAUUGAGCCUUAACCAUCAAGGAGAGAGUCUUAUGAUCAAUGACACUUUGAAUACCUUGCCAAAGCUUCAGCAAGCACUGAAAAUAGCUGAAACUUAUGUAUCUGCACUCCACAAAGAUACACCAUACCAGAAUUUUGAAGCCAGGUUCAAAGAAUGGGGAUUUGAUAAAGGGUGGGGAAACACUGCUGAAAGGGUUAAAGAGACAAUGAGAAUGCUUUCUGAGGUACUAGAAGCAGCAGACCCAGUGAAAUUGGAAUUGCUUUUCAGUAGGCUUCCAAAUAUGUUCAACAUUGUUAUUUUCUCUAUUCAUGGGUACUUUGGUCAAGCAAAUGUUCUUGGAUUGCCAGAUACUGGAGGCCAGGUGGUAUAUAUUCUUGAUCAAGUAAGGGCCUUGGAGGAAGAGUUACUUCAUAAGAUUAAGCUUCAAGGCCUUAAUGUGAAGCCCCAGAUUCUUGUGGUUACUCGUCUUAUACCAGAUGCAAGAGGGACCACGUGUAACCAAGAACUGGAACCUAUCAUCAAUACUAAGCACUCCCACAUUCUAAGGGUCCCUUUCUGGACAGAGAAGGGAAUUCUACACCAAUGGGUCUCACGUUUUGAUAUCUACCCUUACUUAGAAAGAUUUUCCCAGGAUGCUACUAGCAAGAUUCUUGAACUCAUGGAAGGGAAGCCUGACCUCAUUAUUGGAAAUUACACUGAUGGAAACUUGGUGUCAUCCUUAAUGGCUUCUAAACUUGGAGUAACUCAGGCAACUAUUGCUCAUGCAUUGGAGAAAACCAAAUAUGAGGACUCAGAUGCCAAAUGGAAGGAAUUUGAUGAGAAGUACCACUUUUCAAGUCAGUUCACAGCUGACAUGAUCUCAAUGAAUGCAGCUGAUUUCAUCAUAACUAGCACAUACCAAGAGAUUGCUGGAAGCAAGGAUAGACCAGGACAGUAUGAAAGUCACACUGCAUUUACCAUGCCUGGACUUUGUCGCAUAGUCUCAGGCAUCAAUGUGUUUGAUCCAAAGUUCAACAUUGCUGCACCUGGAGCUGAUCAGACUGUGUACUUCCCUUUCACAGAGAAAAAGCAAAGAUUGACCACAUUUCAUCCUGCCAUUGAAGAACUAGUUUAUAGUAAGAAUGACAAUGAAGAACACAUUGGAUUUUUAGAAGACAGGAAGAAACCAAUCAUCUUCUCCAUGGCUAGGCUUGACAAAGUGAAAAACCUUAGUGGCCUAGUUGAGUGGUAUGCAAAGAAUAAGAGGCUAAGGAGUUUGGUAAAUCUUGUGGUUGUUGGAGGGUUUUUCAAUGCAUCCAAAUCCAAAGACAGAGAAGAAACUGCAGAAAUCCAAAAGAUGCAUUUCCUAAUGAAGGAAUACAAACUCAAAGGUGAAUUCAGAUGGAUUGCAGCACAAACUGAUCGGUACCGCAAUGGAGAGCUCUACCGGUGCAUUGCAGAUACAAGGGGAGCUUUUGUGCAACCAGCAUUGUAUGAAGCUUUUGGUCUCACAGUCAUUGAGGCAAUGAACUGUGGAUUACCUACUUUUGCAACAAAUCAAGGAGGUCCAGCAGAAAUUAUAGUUGAUGGGGUCUCAGGUUUUCAUAUUGAUCCCUACAAUGGAGGAGAAUCAAGCAACAAGAUUGCUAACUUCUUUGAAAAGUGCAAGGAUGAUUCUGAACUUUGGAACAGAAUGUCACAAGCUGGUCUUCAACGUAUCAAUGAAUGCUAUACAUGGAAGAUAUAUGCAAACAAAGUCUUGAACAUGGGAUCAAUUUAUGGGUUUUGGAGAAGGUUGAACAAGGAGCAAAAAUUGGCUAAGGAAAGAUACAUUCAAAUGUUCUAUAACCUUCAAUUCAGGAACUUGGCAAGAAAGGUUCUCAUUCCUAUGGAGACACACCAGGAACCUACAUCAAUCUCAACAACUUCAGCCAAAAAACCAGCAACAGAAGCAUUGCCUACACCCAAGGUCUUGAGGCCUGGUGCAUCACCUCAAGCUCAAUUAACAGCACCACCACCCCCCAAAAUUGAAUAUCAGCCAACCCCAAGCCCUUAUGAGGUUCUCUUUAGCAGGGUUGAUGGUUCAAGUCAAGGACUAGCUGCUUCUAAAGAAAGGGUUGGUGUUUGCAAUGGAUUAACUUGGUUGGUUUCCAUUGUUGCUUGUCUGUUCAUCAUCCAUUACUACUUCAAUUUGGACCGUCUAUUCAAUUGGAAGCAAUGA